AAGCUAAAAAAAGUAUCAUUUUUAAAAUACAAGGUACUUUUAAAAAAAUUAUAUUUGAUCUAAACAACAAAAUAAAUAUAUUCAAAGUGUAGAAUGUGUAGGCUAAAGUGAGAGCAUUUUGACAACUACCAUUUAUUGAUUAGAAAGGAAAUUAUCCAUCAGAUUUUAUAUAAAAGUGCUCUAGUUUAUACUUUACUAUAAUGUAGAUAAUUAUGGUAAUCUAGCAUUUAACCAAAACUCCCAAACUGCUUCUCUGUAUAAUUAGAUUUUAGUAUAGAGUUCAGAUUUUGUAAUUUCUAUUCAGAAUUUAAGUUUUCAUUUUCAUCAUCAUUAUUCAAACCAAAGCGAAUAUAAUAGUCCUAGAUGCAGGUAUAUGUUUAGUCGUAAUUCAACAAAAAAUCAUUUAUCGAGAGCUUCUGAGAACAACAACAACAAAACAUUCUAAUCGCAUGUCAUGAUGUCCUUUAUCCCGCAGGUGGCGCUACCGCUCAACCAAGCAAAACCGAUUCGUUCACUUUGAUUCGUGUAGAAAGAUACAAUGUAUUUUACUGUCUUACUUCUCGGUUCGUAUCACGUACGAGUUGGGGGUUGAUAAAAUGAAGUCCUUGUUGGUGUCUUUGAUGCUCGUUUGGUGCGCGGACAGCCAGCUGAGAGGCCGCAAAGGCUCGGGGGUGCUGUGCACCUUUAAAGACAAGACAUUCAAACCAGGAGAUAGUUGGCAUCCUUUUUUGGAGCCCUUCGGACUCGUCUUGUGCAUACGCUGCUCGUGCACUGAGAAAGGCCAUGUAAAAUGCAGUAAAAUGAAGUGUCCUCCUCUGCCGUGCGGCAAGCCAGUGGCAGACCCGCAGCAGUGUUGUCCACGAUGUACAGACGAGCCCAAGAUCCCAGCAGGCCUGAGAGCUCCUGCGAAGUUGUGCAGAUAUAAUGGAACCAUCUAUCAACCUGGCGAGACCUUCACCAAGCAUAACCUGCCAGCCAAGCCAAGCAACCAGUGUGCCAUGUGCUCGUGCUCUAAUGGAAACAUCUUCUGUGCAGUUAAAACUUGCCAACCAAUCAGUUGCUCCUCUCCGGUCAAGCUUGCCGACACCUGCUGUUUGGUGUGUAAAGACUCCAGCGCCAGUGGCUCGUCAUCAGCUGAGGAUGGAAACCAGCAGCUGAACAGAGGCGUUAGACAUUCAGUGGACCAGUGUUUGGGAGAGCUGGCGCGUGCACAGUCCCCUCGGGUCAGGACUUCUCCCAGUCACCUGAGCCUCAAUAAACUAAACCUCAGAGGGGCUGCAGAAACCACUGUGACGAUUGUGUUGCAGAGGAAGCAUCAAAAAGCAUGUUUAUAUAAUGGCAAGACAUACUCGCAUGGAGACAUGUGGCACCCGGUAUUGGGGAAGAUCCUGGAAUGCAUCGUGUGCUCAUGUCGCGAUGGCCUGCAGGAGUGUAAACGUAUCACGUGCCCCAGCCACUAUGCGUGCCAACAUCCGGUCAAGUCUCCAGGAAAGUGCUGCAAGACGUGCUCAGAACAUAAAGCCGCACGUAACCAGACUCAGUGUUACAUGGGCCACAAAAACAAACUUUCGGUAUACAAAGUGGAAUCAGCUUUGAAGGUCGACUCCCCCAGCACAGUUCGGAUCAUGGCAAUUGAAAGAGCAAAUACUGCUCGAGUGGAGGUCCAAGUGUGGAAGAUAGUAGAUGAUAUUUUACAACUGAUGGAAAUUGGAGAUGUUCAAAGGAAAGAUAUUCAGCAUCAUCCGGAAAAUUACACAUUACUGACAACAGUUGAUGAAGAGACGUGGGGGAAAUUCAAAGAGGGAGGAGGCAAACUGGAUCAAGCCGCGACCGUUUGUGAAGAUGGCAUUCGGGAGAUGGUGACGUUUCUCAAUCCCAAGAAGGUCGAAGGCCUGUGCUCGCCUUAACUCGCUUUCGGACUGGAAACUUUUGGGAGCAGUCUUAACGCGUACUCUAACUGCAUGGAAAGCAUUUGUUAUUCCAGGAUAUGAGGCCACAAGCUACUUGGUAUGUACAAUUAUUAUUUUUAAUAUACAUAUUUAUUGUAAAUACGACGUUUUCUCACAGGAUGUAAAGUUGUUGUUGUGAGUCGACUGUCAAACAUUUUCGUAACUACAAUGGAGCCUUUGAAAGUAAGUCUUCUUGUAUCGCGGAGCUGGAUGUUUGAUAUCAAAGGUUCCAUUUGUUUUCUGUCAUGUUCAUCAUGAUGUUCAUUUUGUGUCGUACAAUUCUCUCCCAGUACAUAAUAUGACAAUGAGACAACAAAGCCAAAUGUGUAAAUAAAAGGACAUGUGUUUCUCAGCUUAAA